GUCAAUUUAUCAUCCUUCUAUUUGAAAAUCAAUUUUGUGUAUAUUCGUGUAUCAUUGUUUGGUCAAAAAAACAAUUAAAUCUUAAAAUGAGCUUGGAAACCUCAUCAAAUAAUGGGACAAGUAAACCGGAGCGCAAACACUAUGAUCGCACGAAAUCCGACGAUUUACAAAUCUCUAGAACAGACAUGAAUAUGUUGAUCAUGAAUUAUUUAGUCACAGAGGGAUUCAAAGAGGCAGCACUGAAAUUUCAACAAGAGGCAGGUCUUCAGGAGCCAGCAUUAUGCAGCUCUUUGGAUGAACGUAUAAUGAUCAGGGAGGCAGUGCAAGGCGGUAGAAUACCUGAAGCCAUCUCAAUGGUCAAUGCUUUACAUCCAGAAUUGUUGGACAAUGACAGAUACCUGUACUUUCAUUUACAGCAACUACAAUUACUGGAGUUAAUCCGAGCAGGCAGAGCAGAAGAGGCCUUAGCCUUCGCCAGCGCGACACUGGCCGAGGCGGGAGCGAAUGAUCGCAACGCCCUCACUGAACUGGAGAGAUCUCUCGCCUUGUUAGCCUUCCCCGACCCUCAUACUUCACCCUUUGCAGACUUGUUACUACCUUCACACAGUCAAAAGAUUGCGAGCGAACUCAACGCAGCCAUACUUAAGAUGGAGAACCAAGAGUACACAAACCCAAAGCUGUGCAGUUUGCUACGCAUGAUUCUGUGGUCACAGAGCGAGCUGGACAAGUAUAGCGUCAAGUAUCCAAAGAUGACGGAUCUUGCCAACGCAACAAUAGAACAGCCAAAAUGAGAUAAGCUAAGGAUAAAAGAGUAAUUUGUUUAGAUGUGAUUGAUAUUAUAGGACACGAAAAAAUAAAUACAGUGGGCUGCUCAUGCUAAAUUAGCCAUGCUAACAUAAACUAUGGGCAACCAGCGGGGUUAUGCUGUAAUUUUUCGAAUUGGUCUAUCGGUCUGGUAUUAGAUGUGCAGUCCCAUACAAAAAGUAACGGAAAAAAUCUCUUUAAAAAUACUUAAUAAAACAUAUAUUAUUUAUCUUUUUACUUAUAUGACCUCCCUACUAUAGUUAUAAUAAUACGAAAUGAUGUCAUUUUUAUUUUUACAAUAAGUACAUAGGCAUGUUCACAUAAGCUUUAACGUUAUACCUUAAAGUUAACAUAUAUUUUAAUGGUGGGAAAAAAAUAUUUUGACGACUGCUGGCAUUAUAUUAUAAUUAAUCGGAGACUGCUAGCCAUCUUAUACAAAAAUUCAUUAAUUACUGUGUACUAGAGAUCGACGAGUUGUUAAAAGUUAUUACGCUUCACUACGCGGUCCACUGGGCUGCAAGUGACAAGAUAGUAUCAUGUAUUAUAUUGAAAUAAAUCUAUUUCAAAAUUACUUCCUGUGAAGUCAAAGACGAUUGAAUCACCCGAGAUUACGAUUAUCUUAAACGCAUAGUUGCAUCAUAAUAUUUUAUCAUCACCUGUCGUUGUAUUGACAAGCUCGUCGACAUAACAUUUUGUAGAAACUUCAAUAGUAACUGUCAAAAAACCGGUCUCGCACUGCACUCGCUAUUAAAAAAAGUUACAGCAAAACCCCGCCUUUAACGAUGUUCAAGAUUUUCAAAUUUCGAAUUUCAAUCAUGCAUAACGUCAAAGUAAAACCGACCUAAUGCACCUUUGUUGAAGCCCUUUAUUCCUAAAAGCGGACUGUUUGUAAAAACUAGGGCCAUACACUUUAUUUUACUUUGACUCGUUUAGUUUUUCGAAAACCAUUUAAAUCUAAAGAGUACUAAUUUAAGAGGUUUAAAAAAAAUAUUCUAAAAUGACUUAAAUGUGCUACAUUACUAAUGGCUGACAAAUUAUACUAUAUGCUAUCGCAUUCAUU